AGAACCCUACCAUGAGCAUGAGAGAAAGCUCAACAAAGUAUAUAUGCGUCUGUGGAAAACUCCGUAGCGCAGUCAGAUGGAAGACAGGAAGAUGAUAACAGCUCUGGUGGUGGUGUGGGCGGCUGCCCUCGUAACUCCUACUUCUGCCGUGAAAGUCUCAUGCAAUGGCGGAUUCGUUCUCAUCGGUGGCACCACCUGCAUUAAAGUGUUCGAAAACCAAAAGUCAUGGAAAGAAGCAAGUGAUGCUUGUAGAUCCUUAGAAAAUUUUGCCUUUGGUUCCCCACACCUAGCCCGUAUUAAUGACUGCUCACUAUUAUCCAGCCUGUUCGAUUACGUCUAUUAUCAGCUGAAUAUAACAGCAGACCUUUGGCUGGGAGGAACCGAUUCCUUGAAAGAGGGUGAGUGGGAGUGGGAAAAUGGUGAUCCUGUACCAGUAGGAAUUCCAUUCUGGCACCCCCUUCAACCUGAUGGAGGACUUAACGAAAACAAGCUGGUAUUCGCUCAUAAUGGCUUCUUCGCAGAUGGACACGAGGACAGGAAAUACGGUUAUAUUUGCCAGUACCAGAGUUAAGUAGUGGGGGCAACGGAAUGAGAUGACGGUGAUGCUACUACCGUUAGUGGGGAAAAUAAUUGUAGAAGCGAAGGAUACAUACGAAAACAAAAUUUGAUACAGUAUGUAGUAUGGCAUACGUUUAUUAGUAUAAAUGGAGACCAGACCACAGUAAGGUAAGGUCUGUGUUCUGAUGUUAGAGUUGUUGAUUCUGAACAUAGAAUACACAUGUAUUACUUUUAUUGAUCAUAUGGAAAAAAAAAAAUCUAAACAUAAGGAUCCCUAAUUAUUUUCUUUAAGAAAACAUUGUUAUCGGAGAAAUACGAUGAACUUGUCACCACACAAGUGGUGACCUGGGACAAUGAACAUCUGUGAUGUACCAUAUAGGUUUUUUUUCGUGGGUUCAUGUUCAUGGUGCACUUAUUGCAGUGUGAUCGUUGCAUGUUCUUUAAUAGGAAAUAAAACAUGAUUUAUUUG